AUGCUGAACUCUGGCAAGCCACCGGUUACUGUAGGAUCCUCUCUUGGUGUGAACGAGUCAACUGUCUCACUGGUAACUCAGGUGUUUGUUGAAGCUAUGUGGGAGCGAGCCUUGCACCACUUCAGCUGGCCUGGCUCCGCUAGAAUGGAGAUGAUCAAGCGCAAGUUUGACAGGAUCCACGGCCUGCCAAAUUGUUGUGGUGUUGUACAUACAACCCACAUCAAAUUUGGAUCACAAAAUUGUGACCAUGAAGAGUAUGCCGACACGCUAAUGCAAGCUGUCGUUGAUCCAGAUAUGAGGUUCACAAACACCCGCUUCAGGCUGUCAGGUAGCAUGAUGAACCAAUUGGGCGUUUUGCAUGACUCAGAUCUCUUCAAGAUGGGCGAGGAUGGUUCUUGCCUGAAUGGCAGUAAGCUGAAGUUAUCAGAUGGCUCGGAUGUCGGGGAAUACAUCAUUGGAGAAUACACUCUGCAACUACAGCUGUCGCACUGA